AGUUCACCCUGACGACGCCCGCUCCGGUCGUGACAUUAUUCCACGCUUCGAUUUGAACAUGACGGAAGGCUCCGCGAGCAAGACCUUCAACGGGGACGCCUGUCACCGGUCGUCGAACGGCAAAAGCGCCGGCAAAAAUGGCUACGUCAAGAACCACUGCAUGUACCGGCAGCCGCAGAAGUACCGCCGCCCCAGGGAGAAGAACCGAAAUGUUCCUCAUAACUCCAGCCUGUACAAGACCCCCUUCAUGGAGUCAUUUGAGGAGACGCCUCUACUGGUGGCCGUGCUCACCUACAUGGGCUACGGCAUCCUCACUAUCUUCGGCUACCUCAGAGACUUCCUCCGCCAUUGGAACGUUGAGAAGUGCAACGUGGCCCGGGAGAGAGAGGAGCAGAAGGAUUUUGUCCCACUCUAUCAGGACUUUGAGAACUUUUACACGAGGAACUUAUACAUGAGGAUCCGAGACAACUGGAACCGACCCAUCUGUAGCGUUCCCGGUGCCAAGAUGGACCUGGUUGAGAGAGUUUCCCAAGACUACAAUUGGACCUUUGAGCACACGGGCAAAGUGGUGAAAGACGUCAUCAACAUGGGCUCAUACAAUUACCUCGGCUUCGCUGAAAACAAUGGUGCUUGCGCCGAUGCUGCUAUUGAAGCCACACACAAGUACGGAGUUGGAGUGGGCAGCACUCGCUGUGAAAUGGGGACCCUGGACAUCCAUGAGGAGCUGGAGCAGUUGGUUGCCAGGUUCCUGGGGGUUGAGUCGUCCGUGGUGUUCGGAAUGGGCUUUGCAACCAACUCCAUGAACAUUCCUGCUCUCACUGGGAAGGGUUGUCUUAUCCUGAGUGACGAGCUGAAUCACGCGUCGCUAGUGCUGGGAGCCCGUCUGUCUGCUUCUACAAUUCGGGUGUUCAAACACAACAACAUGCAAAGCCUGGAGAAGCUGCUGAGAGACGCCAUCGCACACGGGCAGCCGCGAACCCACCGACCAUGGAAGAAAAUCCUCAUUUUGGUGGAGGGCAUAUACAGUAUGGAGGGGUCCAUAGUCCGUCUGCCAGAGGUCAUUGCUCUAAAGAAGCGCUACAAGGCCUAUCUGUACCUGGAUGAGGCCCACAGCAUUGGGGCCCUGGGGCCUAACGGCAGGGGGGUGGUGGACUACUUCGGCCUGGAUCCCAAAGAUGUGGACAUCAUGAUGGGAACAUUCACUAAGAGCUUUGGCGCUGCCGGUGGAUACAUCGGAGGCAAAAAGGAGCUUAUCGACUACUUGCGGCGCCAUUCUCACAGCGCCCUGUAUGCCACCUCCAUGCCCCCCCCUGUGGCCCAGCAAAUAAUCACUUCUAUGAAGAUCAUCAUGGGAGAGGACGGGACCACACUAGGUGCUGAUCGCCUCAGGCAGCUCUCACAGAACACCAACUACUUCCGCAGGAAACUCCGCGAGACCGGCUUCAUCAUCUACGGCAACGAUGACUCGCCCGUCGUCCCCAUGAUGCUCUACAUGCCGGCAAAAAUCGGGGCAUUUGGUCGGGAGAUGUUGAAGAGGAACAUCGGCACAGUGGUGGUCGGAUUCCCAGCAACACCCAUCAUCGAGUCGAGGGCCCGUUUCUGCGUUUCAGCUGCUCAUACCAGAGAGAUGCUCGACACAGCGCUGGAGGCCAUCAGUGAAGUGGGCGACCUGCUGCAGCUCAAGUACUCCAGACGAGAGCAGCCUCUUCCCUCCCUGGGCUGGAUGUCUGAGGAGAGCCUCCUGCAGGGUUGAGUCCCAUCCUGCCCUCCAGCCCACCUCCCCAAAUUCUCCCUCCUUCCCCUCCCUUACUUUACCUUUUCUCUCCUCUGAGCCACGCUCUCCACAUCUCCUCUGACUCUCGAGGACUCACCAGAACCAAAGUCUCCACUCUGCUGCAGCCCGUUUUCAAGCCUGAAUAAAGGCAUCCCUGGUGUUGCCUGCCUAGCUUCCUCCCCCUUAACCGAGGACGACCGAUAUCACCCGUAUCUUUCUGUGUCCGUUGUUACAGAGCUUGUUCUAACUUAUUGCGACUGCAUCGGUCUAACACCAGUCUUAUUCCUGUUUGCACAUCGAAUGUGUUUCUUAAUUGUGCAAUAAUCACCACAACCUCGAGCAAAAAACACCAUGAAGUCAUUUCCGUGCCCUCUCAAUCUGAUCAUAGCCAUUUCUAUGAUGCACUCAAAAGUAAAAAAAUAUAUACGUGUAAAUAUUAUUUAUCCCGAAGUUGGUCUAGCUGAUUUCAGUUAAGCUUCCCUCAAAGAGAGAUACAUCAUUUCACAAGAGUUCUUAUUGUGUAUUUAUCUGAUGGCUUUUUCCUAAUCACUUUUACUUGAAUGCAAAGUAGAGGAUUGGGGUUAUUUCCCUCACCAAAGGAUAGAUGUAGAUAUAGAUAUAUAUGUAUAUAUAUAGAUAUAUGUAUAUAUCUAUAGGUAUGUAUGUAUAGAUAUAUAUUUUCUACCCUUUCUUUUAAAAUGCAAAGCAAACGUUCCAAAAGAAUAGGGAAAAGUUUCCCAUGGAGCAAGAGAUAUUUUUACUGCUUAUUUUCUUAAAAUACUUUUAGGCCUUAUUUACUGUUUACACCUGCACUCAACAAAAACAACUUGAGCCCUGUGUCUUUAACAUUUCUAUAAGCUAAUGAGCUUCUCGUGUGAUUGUUAUUUUAUUGUUUUUCGUUCAAUCCUCCUCACUCAAGUGCAUUCGAGCGUGUCAGCGUCGACAGCCGUCACGACGACACGCUGAAACCAAGAUCUGCAUGUAUGAAGAUGCUGUGCCCUAAUGCAUCUGAUGUGCAGACGGCUUUAUUUAUUGGUUAAGCCAGCUCACUUUUGUGUUGUAUGUAUCUUAAAGGCAGCUCCAAAUGUGUCCCGGUGAAAGGUGCGUCUUCUAACUGACUACUUACACGUCUUCCUCAGUGCAGCACUACUGACAAGGCAUUCAAAAUGCAAAGAUGACGUAGUCACUGAGAUUUUGCGUGAGAUUUGUUGAGGUUUUCGCACAUUGUUGUCAUUUUUUUCCUCAUAAAUCAUGUGUGAUCAUUCCAUAUCGACCUGCUCUGACACUGUUUGUUUUAGGUGUAUUGUCUGACUUCUCUGUGUGAGGUCAGCCCCAAACAUCCUGCUCACGCGUGUUAAUGCUCUGUCACUUUAUUGAUGUGAAUCGGAGGGUGCAUCCGUGUACCGGGUCCGAAAGCUGGAUGUGACCAUUCCUACACGUGUGCAGCAAAACUCAACACAAGUUCAGAGAUGCUUUUGUUGAUGUUUGUGGCCUCUUAGCACCUCAGCGCAGUGAGCAACACUGACGUUUUCCGGGUCUUUAACUGUACAUCCCUUUAGUGUGAGUCAUUCCAAUUGUAAUGUGUUUUUUUUCCCACUGAAAAUGGCUUGAAUAACAAUUCCAUUAUACAUUUGCUUUUAAUGAACAUAAUAUAAAAGGUGGAACACAUGACUAUGAUGUGGAUUUGCACUCUUCAGCAAUGUGCUCCGACAUGAAGAAUGUCUUCUUGUCAAAGUUUCCUCUCAAUCCUCAACUCCUCUCAGUCUUUUCUGUCUAUGGAGGCAAAAAAAAAAAAUGUAAUUACAAACAGCAACGUGACUGUUCCUCUCAGCCAGGUUUCCCCCGACUGAAACUGAGGAAUUUAGGUCCUGAGAGAAAUUUUCCAGCUUACCUACCACGACUACCUGCCGACUGACCUGCAGUCAGCGCUCAUGGGAACGUGCUUAUCAGCCGCUUUUGCCCUCGGUAGUUGUGUUUGGGUUGAAGAUAAACCACUAGGAGGAGUUUGCAAAGCCAUGAUGUUUGUUGACCAUGCUGUUGGAAACUGCUGCAAAGAUUAAAUCACUUUCUUAGAAUCAAGA